AUGGCUCCCCAAAUCCCCUUCCCGAAGCGGUCUCCGAGCAACGGCGAUAUCGGUAGCCACUGGUGGCAACGAGUGGUCGUGCAGAGAUCAGCCUACGCUGUUGAUGCACUUGUCGAGACCAUGACGGAGCGGUCAAACUUCUUGAGAGAGGCAUAUCCUCCCGCUGGGUAUGCCCCAUCUCUCGCUGUGGUGAACCGCGACGAGGUCCGCGUGGGAGCUUUGCUUGGGCAAGGUACUUAUUCGGACGUAUUCGAGGUUGCUGGGUUGGAACUCAGCGACAGCGACGAUGAUGACGAAGAUACCAUGACGGGCCUUGAAGCCAACAUUAAUUCGAUUGCAAGAGCUGCCCGGCAAUCUUUGCAAGCCAAGGCACGUGAUGACAAAGGCCGGUGCCAGUAUGCCAUUAAGCACCUCAAGCCUGACCUGCUCAAGGACUCCAAGUCCUUCGAAUCGGCAGCAGCUGACCUCAUAAUGGAGGCCAAGUGGCUCUCCAUUGUCAAUCAUCCAAACAUUGUCAAGAUGCAUGGAAUUGCUAUGGGAGGCACUGCAGCAUACGCAUGUUCCGGUCUCUACGACAGCUUCUUUGUCAUAGUUGACAAGAUCCACGAGACAUUGUACGAUCGACUCAAAACAUGGCGCCAGCAAUCGGCCACCCAUCUUUGCAAUCCAACGAACACGACGCUCAUGCUCAAGAUGGACAUUGCGCUUCAGCUUGGAGAUGCACUGUCGUACCUUCAUGAACGCAGGCUGGUCUUUCGGGAUCUGAAGCCCCACAACUGUGGACUCACCAAGGAUGGCAAGGUGCUACUGUUUGACUUUGGUUUCUGCCGAGAGCUACCCGAUAUCGAUCCCGAUAUCCCCGAAUACAUUGGCGGUACCCUUGUUUGGGGCGAGGAAGAUGCCCAACAAGGCGACGACGCACGAUUGUAUGGAAUGUCAGGAAAGGGAACGCUUAUGUAUAUGAGCCCCGAAACCCUAGGCACCAGGCGCUACAAUCAGAAGGCGGACGUAUACGGAUGGAGCAUAAUCCUUUACGAAAUGUUGACACUUCGGCGUCCAUACGCCAUUGAGUCCGUGGAAGGACACCGAAGAACAAUCUUCCGCCGAGGCGAACGUCCUCCGUUGGGCGGCAGCGGCAUACCACGAACGCUUCAGCACCUGCUGGAGAAUUCGUGGGACGCAUGCAUUGCGAGACGGUACACUAUGCAAGAAGCUGUUCUGCAUCUGGAGCACGUCCUCGCCUAUCUCUCCACGCCCGGAUACCACUCCCCCCAGGUUGGAAGCAUUGAGAACUGUAUUGCGUCCAGCUGCCGUUUCCUAUGGAGCCCGGUGGAAGGCUUGUUGAACACCUUGGCCAGAGAUGCGCCGACAACAGGUGGGGUGCACUUGAAACAAGAGCAGGAGUCAGAGCCACAAGAAGAUGCCGCUGAAGAAGGCAAGCCUCAGCCCGUAGGAACGGAAACUGAGCCAAUCAGGGCUUUUAGCACCAUGCCAACCGAGUCAACCUCUACAGGCUUCAGCGUGUCGUCGUUGUCGAUUCGAGUAGAAUCAGCCUGCUUGAACAAGAUCGAGCACAAGGGAUAUGAAAGCAAGAAGCUGGAAUCCACUGUUGCUGCUGCCGACGAUCAAAUCGAGAUUGAAAUUGUCAUGGAGCAAACCAAGUCGGAUCUGCGCAUUGUCGAGACUGCAACUUCCAUGGCUGAAUGCUCUGCUGGCACCAAUGUUCGCACCAGAAGAAACCGUCACCGUCAAGCCCCCCGUGGUCACCACGGCACGUUUUUGUAUCAUUCGUACUAUGGGCACGUCCCCCGAGGAAAGAAGGGAACUGCAGGCGACAAUCGGUACAAAGACAGGUUGUUGCGCACGAUCCAUUCUGUCCACGGCACCAUACCGAGGACCCCGUCGUCGAUUCCAAGGAAACAAGUCGUCAGUCCUUCGGCUUAG